UGUUAUUCCCAGCUCUAAGGGCAACACAAUUGCUUAAAUCGUGGUAAUUUGCAAAAUUUGUAAACUGUUUGAUUAAUUUAACCGUUUGGAAAAAGUCAUGUAAAAACAGGAAAAUGGUGACAAAGGAGGGCACUGUACCCGAGACCAAGUACCAGAAAUUGGCCACUGAAUACUCAAAGUUGCGUUCCCAAGCCAAAGUGCUCAAGCAGGCUGUUCUUGAUGAGCAGGCGAAGGAGGGCAACCUGCGGGAGCAACUGCAACAGUAUGCCACCUCACUGCGUCGCACUGAGCAGGAGGUGGACUCCCUGGGUUUUCGUAACAAGCAACUGGAAUCACGAGUCUCACAGCUGCAGCAGGAGAUAUCCGGGCAAGAGCAGCAACAGAAUCAGCAGCAGCGAAACAAGGGAUCUUUAAGACGUGGCUUAUUGGGCGGCAAUAAAGCGGAGGCUCCCAUAGAAGCCGAAGUGGCAACAACAGCAAACGAGCCGCUUUUAUUUGAGGAGCUGCAAAAGAAAAUAAUGGAAAACGCCCAGCUGACAUCAUUGAUUGACGACAAGCAGCGGGACUUGCUGCUACAUACGGAACGCAUUGCUAGCCUGGAACAAAAGCUGGAGAAGCGCAUAGGUGAUCAAAAUGAACUAGAGAAACGUUUGCGUAAAGAAAUGGAGCAACUGCAACAUAGGAAUAAUGAAUUGGAAACAAAAUUAGUGGAUGCAGCCAGCAUGCUGGGAAGUGAAGAUGCUUUAAGUGCCACUGGUAGCGAUAACACACCUCAACACAAUCUCCAGCAGCAGCAUCCCACACUGAAUUCCAGCCAGCUGUCAACCGAAGAGCGGGUUGUAAUGCUGGAAAAAGAAGUGGCCCAUUGGCGCGCCCAAUAUGAAGUGGCCAAACUUCAACAGAACCUCAACUCAAAUAAGGAUCUCAGUCUGGCGAAUUGUAGUUCAUCUGCUGCAGGUGUAACAGUUAAACCAAUGGGCGAAGCAGCCCCAUCUGGGCAAGAUUCUGCAGAUCCUUUGGCUAAGGAACAAUUGAUAUACAACUUAUUUAGUAGAAAAUAUGAAGAUCUACUACGACUUAAGGCCCAAUCGGAGUCUCGACAACGUUCCUUUGAAUUGGAAUCAAUGCAUUUGCAAAAUUGUCUAGAAAAUGCAACACAAGAACUCAAAUCGAAGGAUGAGCAAUUAGCCAGCUUAGGAGGGGCUUUACAAAUGCUAGAAGAAGAAUUGACUACCACACGACUCAACUAUGAAGAGCAGAUCAGUGUCCUAACGGAGCAAGUGAUAAGCCUCAGCGAUCAGUUGGCGGCCAGUAAAUGAUUAUUGCAAUUUCAUCUUCUCCUGCCCGCUUUAAUGUAAAUUAUUGUAAACUUAAAACAAAAUGAAAGGAAAACUCUUAACUCUCUAUGUAUAUAUAACAAUACACAUAUGAUAUAUAUCCAUCUAUAUAUAUAUUAAAGUACAUAUAUGUUUUUGUGUUAGUGUAUUAAAUAUUUCACUAAAGUUUAA